GGUGGCGGCUGAGCGGAGCCGGCUGAGGGGCGGCCCCGCGGCGGGCAGGGCCGGGCUGGGCCGGGCCGGGCGCUGACGGCUCCGAGCGAGGAGCUGAGGGAAGGCUGAGGGGCCGCGGGGAUGAAGGACCGGCUGGCCGACUUGCAGGAGUGUAAAGGAAAUGAAGAUGGAGAAACAGUUAUUGUUGAAAAAGACCAUUUUAUGGAUGACUUCUUCCAGCAGGUUGAGGAACUUAGAAAUAAUAUAGCAAAAAUAGCACAAAAUGUGGAAGAAGUAAAAAAGCAGCACAGCAUUAUCCUGUCAGCCCCAAAUCCUGAAGGAAGAACAAAAGAAGAACUCGAAGAAUUAAAUGAGGAAAUAAAGAAGAUUGCUAAUAAAAUCCGAGCCAGGUUAAAGGCUAUUGAACAAACUUUUGAUCAGGGCGAAAAUGCUAAUCGGACAUCAGUGGAUCUCAGGAUAAGAAAAACACAGCACUCUGUAUUAGCUCACAAGUUUGUGGAGGUCAUGACAGAAUACAACGAGACCCAAUCUCUUUUUCGAGAACGCAGCAAAGGUCGGAUACAGAGACAAUUAGAGAUAACUGGAAAGACCACCACUGAUGAGGAACUGGAGGAAAUGUUAGAGAGUGGUAAUCCUUCAAUUUUCACAUCUGAUAUUAUAUCAGACUCCCAAAUAACUAGGCAAGCUCUGAAUGAAAUUGAGUCGCGACACAAGGAUAUUAUGAAACUGGAAUCUAGCAUACGGGAGUUACAUGAAAUGUUUAUGGACAUGGCUAUGUUUGUUGAGACUCAGGGUGAAAUGAUCAACAACAUAGAAAAGAACGUGAUGAAUGCAUCAGAUUAUGUGGAGCAUGCUAAAGAAGAGACAAAAAAGGCAGUUAAAUAUCAAAGUAAAGCACGAAGGAAAAUAUGGAUAAUUAUCCUUGUGUCAUUGGUGUUGAUUGCCAUAAUUGAAAUUAAUGUUCAUUAUUAUAUGUGUAACUGUAUUACUUCUGAUUCUUGGAAUUAUCCUAGCAACAACACUAUCAUAGCAAGUAUAUUCAAAGAGCUACGAACCUUCAGCAACUCCAAAAUAUGUCUUCAGUAAAGCCAAACUUUUUUUAAUUAAAGAUGCCUUACACCCUUACACUGUUACAUGAUGAUUACCUAUCACUGAAAGGCUAAAAUGAAAACAAAAUCACUCUUAAUGUUUACUUAUAAAUGAAGAACAGAAUGUAUUAGGAUACGUAUGGAUUUUCAUCAUAAACUAUACAUUUGUAAGACCAAAACUUGCUUUUAAUUGUUUUGAACUAAAGUAACUUAGGAUGUUUUCAUACUUCAGUGUUAUAAACAGUUCAAAUAGGGAGUUGAGAAACUUGAGUUUUGACUGUUUGACUUUUUUAUUUCUAUUGCUACUAUAAUCCUAAUCACAGAUUUUAUAACCUUACCGGUGCUGCUUCUGUUAGCACUCCUGUGAACAUUUUUAUGAAAUGUAGCUAUGUCUUUAAGUUAUUUAGUCACCUUUGCCUGUCUAAGCUUAAUACUUUAUUAAAAUAUUUUUCAGCAAGUGCUAAAAUAUUUUAUCCAGAAAAGACCACUUAAAUAUUUAAUGGUCUGCCUCCUACAUUACACUUUAAAAAGCAGAGGGUUUUCCUUUUUUUUUUUUUUUUUUUUUUUUUUUUUACACUUUCCAUUUUUAAUCUUUUCAACAUGACUAAGGUUAAUUGCUUUAAGUAUUUCCUUUACCUUAUGGUAGAAAUGUUUUCUGGUAAAAGAAUACAGUAAUGAAACACACAAUUUGAACUUCAGCAAAUAAUUUUACAGUCUUUGUUCAAACAAAACUCAUGGAUCAGUUUAGCCUUAUUGCUCAUAUGAAUGAUAAAAAUCAUAUGAUAAAAUUAUUUUAAAAAAUCACACCUUCUGUAAAGCCAAGUCAAUAUUUCAUUUUCAGAAGCUUGCUAAUGUUGUUGUGUGAAUAUAGUAUAUGGGGAGAAAUGGAACUCCAUCAGAAAACUCCUGAACAUAAUGCAAACUAAGACACUGAUUUGUUAUGAAAUUUAUGUAUUAUAUAACAUGUAUGAAGUGUUUUAGUAUAUACAUAUUGUUGUAAUGCUAGCUUGUAAGACCUGAAAGCUUGAAAGACUUCAAAUGUAACCAAAUAACUGCAUUUAAUGUUAAAGGUUAUUUUUGUAUUUUGUGUGUAAAAUAUUUGUAACUUGAAUUUUUGAUUUCUCAUUGUUUAGGAUGUCCAUGUAGAUAUGUAGAUAUAUUUACACUGUAAGAGAAUUAGAGGAACGUAUAAUGUGUGCCUUUCUAAACAGAGUCUAAAACUAUGCUUGUUAAUGUUUCCAGAUAUUCAACUAUAAUGUUAAUUGCAAUAACUGUCAUAAAAGAUUAGAAUCCUUAAACUUACGUUUUGUGGAAAGUACCUGAGGUUAUUCACUAAAAUGUAACUCAGUCUAUUGACUAGCUUCAUAAAAUUCAGCAAAGUUUACAAUAUAUAUCGUAUGUAUGAAUAUUCUUGCUUUGCUGUCCAAUUAUACUGUGAAUAUGCUAGAGCUAUUCAGAUAUCAUACUUUAAAAAAAAAAAAAAAAAAAAAAGCCUUCUGCAAGCCAGCCAUAAAGAAGUCGCUUGAAAAAAUUCAACUUCAUUAACGAACAAUUUUUACCUCUCAGCCCAGAACACUCGUCAAUGGUUGUAAGGAAGUUUACAAACAAAGUAAGGAAAGAUUGGUUGCCUUAGUGCUCAUUCUAGGUAAAAUAUAUUUUUAUUCUAUAGUUUUCUAGAAUUCUAAUAGUAAAUAUUAUUUAUACAGAUACAAAGUACAUUGAGGGGAUCAGUUCUGCUGUUCUACAGCUGGUUAUCUAAAAUGUUGCUCCAAAUUCGGUUGUGUUGAUUAUUUUAAUUUAUAAUGCAAUAAUUUGCCCAUCAAGAACAGAAAUAUGAAUAAGUCGCUCCAUGCUUUUUUACUUGUUAUACAGCUGCCUCAGUUUGUUUUAAAACAAAACUUGUUUUUCACAUGAACUUUUGUUCUGUUAAUAUUGUGGGGGAGGAAAUCUCUAACCUAUGCACUAAUAAAUUUAUCUACACAAG